AUGCUUAUCGGGGCUACUAUCAGAUAUAGCUAUGGACCUAGCCAAUCAGGGGAAAACUUUGUUUCUGACUCCAAGGAGAACCUAUUGCUACAAGGUUAUACCCUUUGUACUGAAAAACGCUGGGGCAACCUAUUAGAGACUGGCUAUAAUCAGUUGAGGAAUCACAUAAUUAGAAUGUUUAUUCUGUGUUGUGUUUGUUAUUGUAGCUGGUCCCAACUCUUGGAAAAACUUGCUCUUCCAAUUAUCAAGUGGAUAUGCCCAACUGUUCCUACUUGCCCUGUGGCUAUACUUGGUGGAUUUCCAUGCACUGCAUGGUUUGACAUUAGAGAACUUUCAGAAGAUAGUCCUGGUGAUUUCGAAGGUUUAGACGCUUCAGUAGCGCUUAUUGCAAACUUGUUGUCAACAGAGCCUGCUGAUGUUAAACUUGGUAUCGGGGGUUUUAGUAUGGGUGUUGCAAUUGCCCUCUACUCUGCAACUUGUUUUGCCCAAGGAAAAUAUGGAAAUGGGAUCGAUUACCCUGUUAACUUGAGGGCUAUUGUUGGUCUAAGUGGUUGGCUUCCUGGUUCAAGGUCGUUGAGGGACAAGAUAGAAGGAUCACAUGAGGCUGCAAGGCAUGCUGCAUCUUUGCCCAUUUUUGCUCUGUCACGUCUAUCCUUGCCUCAUCAAAAUUUUGAGAAAGAAGAGCAAAAUGAACAGUUCUUUGAAGAGGUAAAAGGGUUACUCAUUCUUGGUGAGCUUGACCUUAAUGGGGUUAAAGUAAAGUAG